AACGCUACCAACCGGUAGGAGUAAAGGUAUCUUGCCUCCCUUGGUUUUAAUUAAUUAUCACAAAAGAUAAUGACAGGAGAUACAAUUUGAAGGAAGUGGUGUUGUCGUAAAUAAGAACGCAUAAGUGAGCUAAAAGUCAAGCAUCCAAUGAUGCUUAUCCCGUUUCCGGUGACCGAAGAGAUCGUCAGGCAGAGAGGAGGAGGGAGGGAAAGGUGGGCUGCGCCGUGUCAUCGGUCCCUCUCGCUCGCCUGAUCGGCAGGAGGGACGUUGCCAUUGGGAAUUUGUGUGUUUUUGAGAGAGAGAGAGAGAGAGAGAGAAGGAGAGAAAAGGGUUCCUGGUGUGACCUGCUGUUCCUAGCAGCCUUCCACGUGGUUCUAGAAACGGAGGGUGCCUCUGCAUUUUACCUCGUUCCACCCUGGGUCGUCUCUUUGGUGGAGAGGGAAGGAGAGAAAAAGAGAGCGAGCGAGAGUUCUCCUGAUGAGGAUUUCUGUUUCAGUUAAAUCGGGUGUGGUUGUUUUCCAUCAUCUAAUGAGGGUUUCUGUUUCAGUUGAGGGUCGGGUGUGGUUGCUUUUCAUCAUCUAAACAUGGUUGUGAGAAUUUACUAGAAUCUGGCUGCCCUUUUACUAUAAUCUGGACUACACUUGUUGUUGUUCUUGUUGUUGGGGAGAGAGAGAGUCCGAUUACGGCCGCAAUGCGCAAAUCCUUCAAGGAUUCCCUCAAAGCUCUCGAAGCUGAUAUCCAGCACGCCAACACCCUGGCGUCAGAUUAUCCAAGGGAAUAUGAUGGGGCGUGCCUCCAAAUGAGAUUGUCAUACAGCCCGGCAGCUCAUUUGUUUCUUUUUCUAGUGCAAUGGACUGAUUGCAGUCUCGCUGGUGCUCUGGGAUUGAUCAGGAUCCUGAUUUACAAGGUCUAUGUAGAUGGGAAAACCACGAUGUCCGUGCAUGAAAGAAAAGCCAGCAUCCGAGAAUUUUAUGCUGUAAUCUUUCCUUCUCUGUUACAACUCCAAAGAGGUAUAACUGAUGCGGAAGAUCGAAAACAGAGAGAGGCUUGUAGAGAAAAGUACAAGAGUAGAGAUGACGAAGAGAGGGGAAAAUUUACUGAAGUAGAUAUCGAGAGGGAGGAAGAGUGUGGAAUCUGUAUGGAGCUGAACAGUAAGGUUGUCCUGCCAAAUUGCAACCAUGCUUUGUGCAUGAAGUGCUACCGUGAUUGGCGAGCACGGUCACAGUCGUGCCCCUUCUGUCGUGAUAGUUUGAAGAGAGUAAAUUCAGCUGAUCUUUGGAUAUAUACUGACAGUCGUGAAGUUGUUGACAUUACAGCGAUCUCCAGGGAAAACCUGAGAAGGCUAUUUCUUUAUAUAGAUAAAUUGCCGCUUAUUGUUCCAGAUUCUGUUUUUGUUUCAUAUGAUUCUCAUGUCAGGUGAUUGUGGAAGUUAUUCUGGAGCAGUAGCAUUAUGCCUCCAGCUUUUAGUCAAAAUUUGGUUGGGCUCAUUUCCUUGGUCCUGGGAUGAUUAUUGUGGUCCGUGGACUCUUUGGAGGAGCUUUGUUGGCGCUGUUUGAGCAAUGUGUACAGGGAAAGCAUUAGCUUAUGUAUAGGAUGUAGCUAUGUAAUUAAAAUUGUACAUUCUUAAGAAAGCUUCCUUUGUUCUGAGAGUCAAAGUCUACAGUUAUUUCUGAUAAUAUAUUAUCCAUAUAUCCCC